CGCCAUUAAUAACAUAUGCAUCUUCUUGCUGUACAUAAUAUACCCAAAUCCAAUGGUUGUUUGGGCUGCCUUCAUUUAAACGCAACGACUACGUCAUGGGACUGUCGUACCCCUUUAAACUGGAUUGCACGAAAGGCGGAAGUUAACACAGGAUCUCAGAGAAUGUUAGUGUGGUUGUAAAUUAUACUGGUUGACGCUUUUACUGCUUGUUCGGUGCACCAGUGUGUGAUUAAACAGAGCAAACUCCACGUCCCUAAUUAAUCCGCUUAAACUCGCCUCGGUGCACUUUCGGUCUUCCUCUGGUUAGCUUGGCUUGUGAGCAGCAAACAAAAGAGACGCCGAGGUUAGCAGUACGUCGUUGAACAUCCAGUGCGAGUGUCGAAGUAUCGUGAUUGUGUGACAAGAAUGAUGACAGAGUACGAGAAGGAACUUUCUCCAACCAAAGAGAACGAGCGGGAACGUCAACAGCUACUGGACACUGUUUUCAAGCAUCGUCAACUACACAGAGCAGACGUCAGUGAGGGAGAUCGUCAGGAGUGGCGCCCCAGGGUGGAGCAGCAGGAGCCUGAGCCCUUGGACAUAAAGGAGGAAGAGGAGGAGGCCGAUAUCACAAAGUUUCCACUGACUGUUGUCAUUGUGAAGAAUGAAGACGAUGCCGACAAAGGUCGGGGUGAGGAGAACACAGGCACGGAGCCUCAGACUUGCAGCUUAAGGCACCACGUGACAUCGGAAGGUACCAAAGACUGCUGUGGAGGAUCCCAAACAGAAAUCUUGGCUCCACGACCAGACAGUGACGACACAACACCCCACUCUCCUGAGACCGACGAUGAAAGCGAUGUCACUUGUCACGUGGGCAAAACACAUUGGAAAUGCUCUCAGUGUGGCAAAACCUUUGGAAACAAAUAUAUUUUGAAAGGGCACAUGAUGAUCCACAACGGAGAGAAACCGUUCAGCUGCACGUUCUGCGGUAAAAGAUUUUCGAUAAAAGGACACAUGAUAACGCACACACGAAUACACACCGGAGAAAAACCUUACGCCUGCUCAGUCUGCAGCAAAAGUUUUUCUCAUCAAUCGGCAUUUGUUCGACACAGAAGAACGCACACGAGUGAGAAACCUUUUACUUGCUCAACAUGCGGUAAAAGUUUCACUCUUGGGGGGAGCUUGAAAACGCACAAAAGAACUCACACUGGAGAAAAACCAUAUAGCUGCUCCGUCUGCAACAAAGACUUCUGUGAUCGCUCGGCAUUUGUUCGCCACACAAGGACACACACGGGUGAGAAGCCUUUUACCUGCUCAGUGUGUGGCAUCCGAUUGACUCAAAAGACACAUUUGACGACGCACAUGAGAACACACACUGGUGAGAAAGUGUUUGCUUGCAGUCUGUGUGAUCAAAGGUUCUCUUACAAGUAUCAAGUUGACAAACACAAGUGUGCUGGUGAGGAACAGCAAUAAAUGAAAGGCGUGGAACUUGAAAUAAACGUGAACUACACGCUCCUG